GUGCCAGUGAAGAUUUGAGCCAUCUCAGAGUUGUUGACCUUGAGCAGGAUGCUGCUGGAUCUUUUGGGAUCAGUCUCGCUGGGGGACUCAACAGUCCUAUUGGUGAUGCUCCAGUGAUUAUAGCCUCCUUAAACCCGGCCGGGCCUGCAGCUAUAUCUGGGAAGAUUCGGACCGGGGAUAAGAUAUUGAGCAUCAAUGGAACCUCCACGGAAGGCAUGACCCAUGAUCAAGUUAUCAGUUCUCUUAGAGCGUCAAAGAAGGUCACACUGAGUUUGGUUCAAGGUGAGGCUGUAUCCAUAACAGGUCAAAGGUCAAGGCAUGUGAGUGCUGACAGUCCGGAGGUCAAUUUGAAAGAUGUUAAUAUUGACCUUGAGGAUGAUGGGCAACCACCACAGUUCAAGACUAUCACUCUAAACAGGGGUCUAGAAGGUCUAGGCUUCUCUAUCGUGGGAGGACAUGGAAGUCCACAUGGAGACUUGCCCAUCUACGUGAAAACUGUCUUUAAUAAAGGAGCAGCUGCUGAUGAGGGGACUCUGGCCAGAGGCGACCAGAUUGUGACAGUCAACGGACAAUCCCUAGAGGGCUACACACAUGAAGAGGCUGUCAAUAUUUUGAAAAACACUCUGGGCAUUGUGACCCUUGGUAUCCUGUCUUGA